AUUGUCAAAACAAUGCUGACAAUGAAUCUAUGCUCCAUGACAAUCUAAAGUCCUGAUGUUCGUUGUCACUAGUCGGGCCAUUUUUAAAUCUUUGAAGACUAAUAGAAUAGCCAAAGUUAUCGUACUCAAAGACACUAUAUUUCCAUAUGUCUUCCAUAGCAGUGUUCUAAAAAGGAAUGCCUUUGCAAGAUUUGUUAGUCUGACAGGUUCGGUGUCAGGCGAAAAUCAAUCGAUAGAGAAUACAAAUGGUAACAAACUUUGUUUCGAAACUGGAGCUUGUUAUAUUCCACAUUUUGAAAAGCGUCAAACAGGAGGAGAAGAUGCUUAUUUUAUGACACCAAAAGCUGUUGGAGUUUUUGAUGGUGUUGGAGGCUGGGCCUCUUUGGGUAUCAACGCGGGUCUCUAUUCUGCUCGACUGGCAGAAUUGACCCAAGAAAAAAUUGCACAACUGGGCCCUUGUGAGGCUUUGAGAGCUCUCGAUUGUGCAGUCACUGCCAACGAUCAGAUCGGCAGCAGUACUGCCAUUGUAGUUGGAAUUUGUGGUGAUAGAGCAGUAGGGGUAAGUGUGGGAGACUCAGGUCUGGUCAUUUUUCGUGAUGGCGACAUUGUAUUCAAAACUGUUGAGCAGCAACAUUAUUUCAAUUGUCCUUAUCAAUUAGGAACGGACUCUAAUGAUGCUGUAGAUAUGGGGCAAAAAAUAGAUAUUCCUUUGAGAGUUGGAGAUAUUCUGGUACUAGGAACUGAUGGACUGUUCGAUAACUUAUUUGACAAAGAUAUAAAAAUGGCCAUUGAAAAAACAAAUGCUUUUCAUCCCAAUGACUGUGCCAUGUUAUUGGCGAAGAAGGCUUUAACUUGUUCGUUGGAUACCAAGAGAGAUGGUCCUUUUGCGUUGAAUUCGAAGAAAGCAGGAUAUUUGUUUCUUGGAGGGAAGGCAGAUGAUAUUACUGUUUUGGUUUGUAGAGUUGAAAGCUUGCACUAGUUGCGAGUUGGAGUUUCUUGACUAGCUUCCUUUGAAAGCUUCUGGACGAAAUACCAUUUGAAAUGGCAUUCACACUUUAUGUUUCCAAGGUUGACAAAAUACAUUCCAUAGAUUGCCUUCAUACAGCUUUCUAUUCAUGGUUGGAUUAAAUUUUCUAUUUUACAGUAUCCUUUGAAUUUUUACUAUGAGCCAAUCUGAUACUCAGUUGCAAUAAUUAAAUUGUUUGUUCAAGGA